AUGAGCGGAGUUAAUGACACGGAGGGUCCUAAAUAUGGGCGACGGCUUCCGCUCCAUGUCGUUCAAGAGAGAGUAGCGACUGAACCAGAUAAAGAAUGGAUUUCUAUACCACGAGGCUCAGAGCCUGAAGACGGGUGGGAAAAGAUCACUUAUCGCCAGUUUGGAAAAGCAAUCAACUACGUUGCGAAGAAGAUCAUUGAUUUCGCUGGCCCGUCACCCGAAGGCCAGUUUCCAACAAUUGCGUUUAUUACACUGAACGAUUCUCGUUACGUCUCAUUUGCGUUCGGUGCUAUGAAGGCGGGCUAUAAGGCUUUAUUCAUCUCACCUCGAAACUCGACCGAGGGUCAGAUUAAACUCUUCCAGGAUACGGACUGCCGGUUUAUUGCCCACUCCCCUGAAUUCCAAGAUUCUGUUAACUCCUGGAAAGAGUUACAUGACUUGAAGAAUUUGGUCGUUGCCCCUGAGCGAGAGUUCUACUACAAUGAGGAACCGUCAACCAUCAACUACGAGAGGUCCUUCGAAGAGGGAGAAUGGGAUCCCUAUUGCGUUCUACACACUAGUGGAAGCACUGGUUUCCCAAAACCAAUUGUUUGCAGACAAGGAUGGCUCGCGGCGGUUGAUUCAUUUUAUAGCAGGCCUCCGAGGAACGGCGUCCACCUCUGGACUGUGGAAUUAACUCGAAGAUCGGAAAGAUAUAUUUUCCCUAUGCCAUUCUUCCACGCAGCCGGAAUGUACAUCUCUGUGUUCUUAGGUAUUUAUUGCGGAAGGCCUAUUAUGCUUCCGAUUACUUCCAAACCUCUGGGACCUGAUAUACUUUGCGAAUAUAUCAAACACGCUGGACCAGGCACAGCUACCUUAUUACCGCCUUCGAUUUUAGAAGAGAUGAGCCAUGUUCCUGAGUAUGUUGAAGCGUUGAAGAAAUUAAGCGUCGCUAUGUUUGGUGGGGGUAAUUUAACAGCCCGUGCAGGGAACAGUCUUGUUAAGCAAGGCGUAAACUUGGCCAACCUCAUCUCUGCCACCGAAGCACCAUACCCUUUCUUUUUCCAGACCAAUCCAGAGCUGUGGCAGUACUUUCAUUUUGAUACUGAGCUGGCCGGCAUGGAUUUCCGCCCUAGUGACACCGACAAGGACGCAUAUCAUCUUUUCUUCGUACGCAAGGAUCGUUACCCUGGGGCCCAGGGCGUAUUCUACACAUUCCCAGAGCUCGACGAGUACGACAGCAAAGAUAUGUUCCGUCCGCAUCCGACUCUUAAAGACCACUGGAAGUACGCUGGGCGCUCCGAUACCGUUAUAGUCUUCUCAAACGGCGAGAAGCUCAACCCGGUCACUACCGAAGAGAUAGUGACCGCCCAUCCAGAGCUCAAAGGAGUUCUAGUUGUAGGCCAAGAUUACUUCCAGCCCGCAAUGAUUCUUGAACCUCAUAACCACCCCCAAAGCGAGAAAGAAGAGAAAGAAUUGAUCGACAGAGUGUGGCCUCUAAUAUCUCACGCAAAUAAGGAGUCUGUGGCCCACGGACGCAUAGAAAGAGAUUUCAUCAUGUUCUCAAAACCGGAGAAGCCGCUUCUACGAGCAGGGAAGGGAACUAUUCAGCGGGGACUUAGUGUCAAGCUGUACCAAGAUGAGAUCGACGAGCUAUACAAGAAGGCUGAGAAUGACCAGCAAGCGAACGCACCCACCCUAGACAUCAGCUCCGAGAGCGCCCUUGUAGAGUCUAUUAAGAAACUCUUUGCAACUAGGCUUGAAACUCCGGAUUUAGCCCCUGACGCUGACUUUUUCAGCGCUGGCAUAGAUUCACUUCAGGUGAUCAAUGCCAGCCGGUUACUAACCGCUGGACUCAAAGCAGCCGGAGUUAAUGUUGAUCAUACUGCAUUGGCUCCUCGCGUUAUCUAUUCAAAUCCUAAUUUCAAGGCUCUCGCUGCUUACAUUAAUUCUCUGGUCGAAUCUGGCGGUGUACAGAACACAAAUGAGGUCGAGCAGGCGGUGCAGACGAUGAAGGCGCAAUUUGAGAAGUAUACGAAGGACUUACCAAUAGCGAACACUACUAAGCCUCCGCCGUUGGAUGAUGGCCAGACUAUCAUAGUUACGGGUACCACGGGUGCCUUGGGUUCCUACCUUUUGGACCUAUUGAUUGCUGACAGCAAGGUCAAGAAGGUCAUUUGCUUCAACCGUUCCAAGGAUGGUCUCUCAAAACAGACCGAAGUCUUCCACAGCCGUGGUCUAAACACCGACUUCCGCAAGUGCGAGUUCCUCCAGGCUGACCUAUCUUAUCCCGACUUCAGUGUGGGCAAUGAGAAGUACAACGAACUUUUAGGCACCGUCGAUCGCAUUAUUCACAACGCAUGGCCUGUCAAUUUUAACAUCCCUCUCUCGACCUUCGAGCCACAUAUACGUGGUGUGCGCCACUUCGUGGACUUCAGCGCCAAAGCCGCCAAGCGCGUUCCCAUCAUAUUUAUUUCCAGCAUCGGAACAGUAGAGGCUUGGAAAGGACGUGUUCCCGAAGCGCAAAUCACCGACUUUAGCAUCCCUCUCGGGAACUAUGGCCGCUCGAAGAUGGUUAGCAGUUUGAUCCUAGACGAAGCGGCAAAAUUUUCCGGUGUUCCCACGGCGAGCAUCCGCGUCGGGCAGAUUGCGGGAUCACGAUACGAGAAGGGCUUAUGGAAUAAACAAGAAUGGUUACCCUCUAUCAUCGCAUCGUCCGUCUACCUCGGCAUGCUUCCCGGUAACAUGGGCAGGUUCGAUAUGGUAGACUGGAUGGCCAUCGAAGACGUGGCCAACCUCGUACUCGACGUGGCGGGUAUAAACGAGCCGUUCCCCGUCGAUAGGAUUUCCGGGUACUUCCACUCCGUCAACCCAAAGACUAUCACCUGGCAGGAUUUGGCGCCGGCCGUGAAGGACUACUAUGGGGAUAGAAUCAAGAGGAUUGUAGACUCGAGCGAGUGGAUGGAGGCGCUGAAGGCUAGUCAGGCUACCACGACAGACGUGAAUAAGAACCCGGGCAUCAAGCUCAUCGACUCGUACGAGAGCUUUUUCUUCGGGGGCGAGAAUACUAUCGUGUUCGAUAUGGAGAGAACGCAGGAAUAUAGCAAGACGGCUAAGAACCUUGAGCCUGUGACAUCGGAGCUCAUGCGGAAUUGGUGUAGGCAGUGGAACUUUUAA